UGCCACCACAUCCAACAUCAAGUAGAGAGAGCAGACGAGAACACAACGACUCUCUAUCUCACACAAGCCUCUUUCAAAUCACUGCUGUCGGGAAUAAGAAAUAACAAUAAUAAUGACCCUCCAUCUCCCCAUCAACAACCCCAUCUUCAUACUCUACUAUCAACACCAUCAACACCAUCUACAUCCACAUCACACCCACACCUUUAUGUCUAUCUCCACCCACAUCUACCCAUCCGUCCGUCCGCCGCCGUCCAAAGCACCCACGUGCCAUCCCUCCCUCCAUCCCAUCCUCCCCCAUCAUCAUCAACAUCAAACAUCAAAAAACCCCCACCCAAAUCCAGCCUAGCGCCUUUAUCCCACACUACCGUCCUGUCAUAUGAUCAAUCGCGUUCCCCUCUCGGCAGAUCGCAUUUAUUCUUUCUC